AUGAGCGACAAACUCCAAAGAACAAUCGCGCGGUUCCAGGAGAGAAUCGACAACAAAGACUAUUACGAGGCCCACCAGACCUUGCGCACCAUCACCAAUAGAUACGUCAAGGCAAAGCAGUUUGACUUGGCCAUAGGCAUCUUGCGCCAGGGCGCGUCCAUUUUGGCCUCCAACAAGGAGUAUGCUUCGGCCAGCGACUUGGUGUCGUAUUUGAUCCAGGUGUACACCGAGGCGGGCGUGGCGUGCUCGGCCUCAGGGCCCGGCCACGAAUACAGGGCAGCGUUGAUUGAGUUGGUGUCUCUUCUUCCAGACACGGACCCCAGCAUAGGCGAUUUGGCCAAGCAAGCGCUCGCGUGGGCCCAGCUGGACGGGACUUCCAAGUUUGGCGACGCCAGCUUGCAUCACGUGUUCGGCACCAAGCUUUUGGCGGCCGUGCCGGAACAGGCAACGGACGCCGACAAAUACAAGGUGUUUGCCGUGGCCGAGUUGCACUUAAUUUUGGGCACGUUCGAGUCGUUGCCGGUGUAUGUAGACUACUUGUUCUGCUGGUAUCUCGAGAACAAACGGACCGCCGACGCAGGCGAGUUCUUGGCCCGCGCCGUAGUCAACUACGCAUACCUCAAGAACAUCAAGUUUGCCCAGGCCGCCACGGACCGGUUUUUGCAGAAACUCAUUGACCUGACGCAGCCGGCCCUCGAGAAGACCGACUCGCUCUAUGUUUUCGAGGCGCACGACCUCUUGAACUUCUUGCAGUUGCUUGUUGCCACGUUGAAGAAGGAACACGCGGGCGAGAAGUUCAUGAAGUUGUACGGCCACUACGAGUCCUUGUUGGCGCAGAACGACCUCGUGGCGCCCGUGCAAUAUUUGGGCCGGGAGUAUUUCGGGUUGAGCUUGGGCUCGGCCCAGGGAGGAAACAACAUGUUGGCCAAUUUGAUGGGCAGUUUCUUCAAGUGA